UUCUCGUAAUGAUAGGUCGGUAAAAUUCGUUGAUCGACGCGAAAUCCGAGCGUUGCAGAAUUUAAUAGUAUAAAAUUAACAUGAAUCUUGUGUGAAUAGUUCUAAGUCUUCUAAGUGCAAUGGAUGAAACAAAGUUGGUGAAUAUCAUCCUACUAAGUUUGUUAUGUAAAAAUUCCCUGGCAGUUCCAUUCACGUUUCCCGGUAGCUCCAGCUCCGAAAACAAUCGAAGUCGAGAGGCAACCUCAAGACAAAGCGAAUUCGAAGGGCGCAGUAUUAGCAGUGGCCACAAUCAGCAAAGAUUCUCCGAGUACAGUCGGUACAACGUUUACGAGCAUGAAUACGAUGACUUUCGAAGAUCCACAACCACCGUCGGUCCGUUUCUUACGACAACCAGACCACCGUACAAUCGGCAACCGAACGCGUAUUUCAAUCGGUUGCCACCGCCGAAAAACGACGAACCGAUCGAGGCGGAAGCAGAAGAUGAUUACAGUGAUGAAAACGUGCUGGAUGUGCCGGAUCCUGUGACGUCCAAACCGGUCAUUGCAGCUGCUGCAGAUUACGGCAGUUCCGGUUACGGCAGCAGACCGAGCUCCUUCAAUAAUCUGUUCUUCAGUUCGAACGAUAAAUUCUUCGGAUUAGGAAAUCUUUUCGGAGAAGAUCGUCGUAAACAAAAAUUCAAGUUCAAACGACGGAAACCUGGCCAGCCAUGCAUUCCGUAUGAUCUCUUCAACAAGUUCAAGUUCGGUAGGGAUGCGAACGGGAAUCGAAUCGAUCCGAAAACGUUCGUACCUCCCUUGAACCUUGUGCUGGCCGACGUCAACUACUAUUCGCCGUCGAACAAUUACAAUGGCCAUGGCGGAUCUUACGAUACGGGGGUCGGCGGUGGUGGCGGUGGCGGAGGUGGUGCUGUCUUUAAUAAUCAUUUCUACGAUGCCGUUGGUGGUUACCCGUGUACGGGCACGAAUUACGGAAAUAAACCGAACAGACCACAUAAACCGCACGGUGGACCGCUCGGAUUUUUCGGCCAGGGUGGACUCUUCGAUUGGGUUUCAUCGGCUGACGCAGUUCAGAGCGAUACUGGGGAAGGGGUAGGUGGAGCCGGCGGUGGCGGUGGAUCUUCCAACCGUCCGACGGUUGUGUUCAAUCUGAACGAUGCCAUUGACACCGUGGCCACCAAUUGGAAACCGGGAGAAAGUUUCCAGAACAUGAUGAAGGUGAUUGCCGAGUUCAUCACAUCGGUUGCCGGAGGAGUUCCUGUGGCUGCCGGAGAAGUCGUCGGGGAUACCGUUGACACGGUGCGGAAGGUUAACAGUGAAUUUGUUAGUUUGUUUACGUGAAUAAAUUAAAUUUUGAUUAA